CAUCGAUCUUCAUUCCCUCUUCCAAACCUUGCGAAGAGAGUUACGUGACAAGCAAGGGGAGGACGAAUUUACGGAAACUAGUAGCCGGCCGCGAGCACCGAUCGAUAGAUUAAUUAGAAGAGCAUCUUGCAGGCACCCGGAGAGUUUGCGGUCAUGGCGAGCUCCGAUCAGCAGGGUUCGUCCGGCGGCGCUCCGAAGCCGGUGCCGGGCAGCUACGGGCUGCCGGUGAUCGGCGCCGUGCGGGACCGCCUGGACUUCUACUACUUCCAGGGCCAGGACAAGUACUUCGAGUCCCGCGUCGAGCGCUACGGCUCCACCGUCGUGCGCAUCAACGUGCCGCCGGGCCCGUUCAUGGCCAAGGACCCGCGGGUGGUCGCCGUCCUCGACGCCAAGAGCUUCCCCGUGCUCUUCGACAUGGACAAGGUCGAGAAGAAGAACCUCUUCACGGGCACCUACAUGCCCUCCACCUCGCUCACCGGCGGCUACCGCGUGUGCUCGUACCUGGACCCGUCCGAGCCCACCCACGCCAAGGUCAAGCAGGUGCUCUUCAACCUCCUGCUCUCCCGCAAGGAUGAGGUCAUCCCGACCUUCCACUCCAACUUCUCCUCGCUCCUCGCCACCGUCGAAUCGGAGCUCGCCAGGGCCGGCAAGGCCGAGUUCAACAAGCUCAACGACGUCACGUCCUUCGACUUCAUCGGCGAGGCCUACUUCGGCGUGCGCCCCUCGUCAACCGACCUCGGCAGCGGCGGGCCGACCAAGGCCGCCAAGUGGCUCAUCUGGCUCCACCCCCUCGUCACGCUCGGCCUGCCCAAGAUCCUCGAGGAGCCGCUCCUCCACACCUUCCACCUCCCGCCCUUCCUCGUCAAGGGCGACUACAAGGCGCUGUACAGGUACUACUCGGCCGCCGGGAAGCAGGCGCUCGACAUGGCCGAGGGCCUGGGCCUGUCGCGGGAGGAGGCCUGCCACAACCUGCUGUUCGCCACGACGUUCAACAGUUACGGCGGCCUCAAGGUGUUCUUCCCGGGUCUCGUGGCGAACGUCGCCGGCGCCGGCGAGAAGAUCCACGAGCGGCACGCCAAGAAGGACCUGGAGAUCGAGAGCCACGACGGCGUGUUCCAGGUGAGGAAGGGCGAGAUGCUGUUCGGGUACCAGCCGUGCGCCACCAAGGACGCCCGCGUGUUCGGCGCCACGGCGGGGCAGUUCGUGCCCGACCGGUUCGUCGGCGACGAGGGCAGCAAGCUGCUGCAGUACGUGUACUGGUCCAACGGCCGCGAGACCGAGAGCCCCAGCGUCGGCAACAAGCAGUGCCCCGGCAAGAACUUGGUGGUGCUCGUCGGCAGGCUCCUCGUCGUAGAGCUGUUCCUCCGCUACGACACCUUCACCGCCACCGUCGACACGGAGUUGCUUGGCACCAGCGUCUUCUUCACCGGCGUGACAAAGGCUACAUCCGGCCCUGGCGCCAGCAGCAGCGAGUAG